AUGAAAGUUUUCAAAGAAAAAAUACGAAGUUAUUUGGAGAUAAAAUCUUCUGUUGACGACCCGAUUGGAGCUGCUAUGACAAUGGUCAGCUCUAUACAAAAAUUGGUCGGAAUUCAUAACGUUUUCGGCGAUAAACAACGUAGCUGUACAGUUCAAUCAGUGUUUGCUACGUUGUUAUUUGCUGGAUCGUUUAUCUACGUGGGUCAGCUGAGCCAGUUAAUCUACUUAGUUCAGGUGUUUCCUGAUAAAAUUGAGACUUUUAAGACCAUGAACUGUAUCAGCGCGUCAUCUGUACCCUUAUCGAAGUUUGUUUUCAUGUGGAGUGCCAGGAGUCGUUUAAAGACCGUGUUUGAGUUGAGUCGCUAUGGCCUGUCUUCGAUACCAGAAGGCAGUGCGUCCAAGAAGAGAAUGCUCAGUACACUACAACGUGCCCGUUACGUCUCCUGGCUGGUGGUAGCUAAUGAGGCUUUCACCCAUAUCACCUACUUAUUGAUGCCUUUCUUGUUCACCGUUUUUGGAAACGAUAGAUAUUUGCCCACAACUCCUGGCGAAACUUAUGGAUUAAGUCCGAAAUACGAGACACCAUUUUACGAAAUAACAUUUGUCCUGACGUGUGUCGCGACCGCUUUUUCCGCCAUUAAUCAGACUGGCUACAUUGUGCUCUUCGUCACGCUCAUCUGUCACGAGCUGGGACACUUCUACGCAAUCACGGAAGCACUGGACGAGAUUCAUACAAUCUUGAUAAAGAACGAACGUUCUCGAAAUAAUGUAGGCGAAGAAAGAGAAAGGGAGUCAGUCGACGAAUUGAUAAUGUUCUGCGUGAAACAUCACCAGUUUCUUAUGCACUACCACGGUAAGAUACGGGAGUUAUACAAAAUGAUAUUUGGAGCACACUUUCUCAGUAUGACGGUUGUUUUGGUAACGACACUGCAGACUAUGAAUGCAUGGGAUGUGCGGAACACGAUACUGACGGGGGUGACGGGUAUCAUGCCAUUGUUUUUGUAUUGUUUCGGCGGUGAGAUGCUCAUAUCCGCGGGCCUACAAAUGUCCACAUCUGUUUACAGCUGCGGCUGGGAGUUAAUGGAGGCAAAACAAGCGCGGGUAAUUCUCCUGAUGCUUUGUCUAUCGCAGCGCCCCCUGUAUUUAACCGCAGCCGACAUAUUUGUUAUGAAUAGAGAGACGUUCGGCGAUGUGGCGCAGGUUGUUUACAAAAUAUACGCGGUUUUUAAUUAA